AUGCUGGAAGAACUAAUAUCUCUUUUUAGGAAUCUCCACGACAUACUUGAUUCCUCAGGUGCCAUUGGAGCAUUGGUGGCUUGGCUGAUCAGCUAUAAGCCAGUCUUGUUUGGGUUCCUAUUCCUUCUGCUGUUGCUUAGCAACUGGCUGGUCAAGUAUGAACUGAAGCCCACCUCCCCAAAGUCCCAGCAGGACAAGAUCCUCGAACGGCUGCUGGUCACUGAAAUGAAGCUGCAGGUCCUAGAAAACCAGAUGUUCAUCUUAUGGAAUAAACUGAGCCGCCAGAACAGGUGGGGCCGGCGGCGGACUCGCCCCGGGGGACAGCACAGACUCAGGGAGCGCGAGUCCAUCGUCUCCGUCCUCUCGAAGUGCACGUCCCACUCCCCCUGA